UAUACGGGUUAAGUCGAAACGAAAUUCCAUAUAAUUCGAAACUUGAUUUGAAAAAAUAAAACUGGUUUUAUAAGGUCAGAUCAAAACACACCAAGUACGAGAUGAAUAGCCAAUCCUGUUGGUUCCCCAUCUAUACUAUCCAAUUCUAGCGCUGGUAUAAAUGAAGAGUUUCCAAAUUGUGGGCAUCUUGUGUUUUAGCAGAAUUUCAUAUCCAAAUACACAAAUAUAAAACCCUAAAAAUAAAGGAACUCAUCAAAAACUCAGAAAGGAAAAUUGAAAAGUUAGAUAGAACAUAUAAUGCAAGGAACAGAUGAGCUAAGCAUAGAAGAGCUGGCUUCAAAUCUCUCUACAUAUAAGGAACAGCUGCAGCAGGACUUGCAAAAACACGACUAAUUACCUGAUUUUGGUGAAAAUCAGGUUAGACAGCUUCUGGCUGAUGAUCCUGGAAACCUUGAAUAUGUGUACAUGGGAAAGGAGCUCGCAGAGGUUAUCCUUGCUUGUGCUUAUUUUUCUUUGUUUUUAAUCUUUCAUUUUAGUUUUUGUUGUAGCUUUUUCUCCUUUUUUUAUUGUUUUCUCUUUCUUUGUCAUGUUGUAUUUACAAUGUGAUUAUUCUGUUAAGAAAUGGAACUGACCUAUUACCCAGCACCAAAAAGUGAUCAAAUAAUCAGUUUUGGUUUUUAGAGAAUUUUUUAGAUGUCAAGUUUUUCAUUAAGGUGAUGAAAAUACUAUUUCUCUUCCUUCCCUCUUUUGAAGGAAUCAAUAUGUUGCUCUAACAAGCAACAUCAAUUAACUGCUAACGGUAAUGGCUCUGCUGGAGGUUUGUUUUCAUUUCAGGGUUCAAAAGGUGAUUGCUCUGACAGAGGAACUGCUUGCAACUGCAAAGCAAAAUGAGAUUUCUGGAUCAGAUAUUGGGACUAGUGCUACUGUACUCACUGCACAAUCAAAGGAAUCAAGGAAAACAUCUGAUUAUGGGGAUAAAUUUCAUGUUGGCACAAAAGUUCAGGCUGUCUGGAGUGAAGACGGAGAGUGGUAUGAUGCAACUAUUGAGGCUAUUACUCCAAAUGGGUAUUAUGUCUCUUUUGAUGGAUGGGGAAAUAAGGAAGAGGUGGAUCCUGCCAAUGUAAGGGCAAUUGAAUACAAUGCUUUGGUGGAAGCUGAAAAGGUUGCUGAGUCUACAAAACAAGCUAUCAAAAGUAAGAUAGCUCAAGCUGCUUUUGUUGACUUUCAAUCUCGAAGCUUACCAGCAAAGCUUCGAAUAGCUGCUGAUGACCCUGAGGAUGUGAAAGCUGCCAAGCGAAAGAAGAUACAUGCUUUCAAGUCAAAGAUGCGACUUGAACAACUUGAAGUGGCACAGAAUAAGCGGCAGAAUGCUUGGCAGCAGUUUCAGACAACCAAAGGCAAGACUAAAAAGGUUGGUUUUUUCUCAGGCCGUAAGCGUGAGAGCAUCUUCAAGUCUCCGGACGACCCUCAUGGUAAGGUUGGUGUGACAGGUAGUGGAAAGGGCUUGACAGAUUUCCAGAAAAGAGAAAAGCACUUGCAUCUCAAGGGAGGAAAUGUUGAGAUAACUGAUGAGUAGGCUGGCUACCAAUUUCCUACUAGUAGCUUGUUGAGCACGUUUCGCACUUAAUUGGUAGUCUGAGCAGUUCCAUUCUGGGAGUGCUUUAAACAUGAAAAUUCCAUUGUGCUAUUCGCAAGGAUUUGUGACUUAAAAGUAGUUAAUGACACCAUAUAUUCUUUUUUUUUUUUGUUUUUUUAAAGUUGUCGGGAUCAAUGUUGCUGCAGUUUUCUUUUUUAGCCUUUCGCUUUUGGUUGUUUUCUUGUUUCUACACAAACAUUUUGUCGUUUAGGAAGGAAAUAGGAAGAUAGGGAUGGUAACGGGUAGGAUUUCAGUGCAAUUUGAAGCACCUGAAGCCGGAAUUGUUUAUCAAUAAACUUUGUUUGAUAAAAGGGAAAAAGGAAAUUGAAAGAAAAGGAAAAUAAUGUCUUUUUUAGUUUGAUUGGAGAGAAAUAAAAAGAAG